AUGAGUCUAGCACAAGGAAAUAUUGAAGAUAUUUUUCAGGAAUUUCAUGAUGAUUUCCAUGCAGAUGACGAGACAAAUAUUCAAUUCGAUAAGAAACGUAGGCGAUUCGUGAAAGAAUAUGAUGAUGAUUUAUUUGAUAUUGAGCAAUGUCUAGAGGUAGAUCAGAUUUUACUUGGUUUAACAGUUGGUGAACAAGAAAAACAACAAUAUUUAUCUGGAAAGUUAAGUCACCUAUCGGCUACACAUCAAGAAUCCGAGAGUACUACUCGAGCAGCCGAUGUACCAUCGCGAAUAAAAACAGAUAACGUCGUCAUCUCCAGUCAAUUGAUACCAAAAUAUUUAUCACAUGAAAGUAAAGAAUUCGAUCGGAUGAUCCUCGGUCUCCGUCAACAAACUGGCACUAUUAUUUAUACGGAAGAAUUACGAGCUAUUGCAUUUCUCAUCGAUCAACUUCAACGUAUUAAAUUAGAAAAACGUCUUUAUACGACAUAUUUACGUUCUGGUCAGGAUUAUAAGAGUAUUCUAUAUCAAAUACCUAUUGAAAAAGAAAUCAUCCGUAUUGAAUAUGAUUUCUUUGAUCGAUUAUGUGAACUUGAAUUUUAUAGUGAAAAUUCAAAUGUGUAUCAAAAACAACUAUUUCAAUAUCUUACACAAAAGAAAUUUGAUAUGGAGAAAUCAAAACUAAAACUUGCUCUAUUAAAACAGCAUAUCACUCAUAAUCAUCUACCAACAUCAUUUGAUAAACUCGAAAUAUCGAUACCUACUCCAAUACAUACAAUAAUGGAUACGGAGACAGCUCAAUCUCUAAAAGGUCGAUAUGAUAAAAUUUUACAACGAACAAAAGUUGAUAUGAUGCAGGUUUAUGUUGAAGCUGCUGAAUUUCGAGCAAAUCAAUAUCGAUUACAGUUUAAUAAUGCAAUGAAUAAAUUAAAAGAAAAUGAAUCUACACAUCUAUCCGAUAGAAUAUUAACUAAAGUUAUGUUCGAUAUAAUGAUAAAACGUUUCAACAAUAUUAGUGAACACCUUGUAUCUGUCUACAAAUUAAAACUUCGUGCUUUCACCAAACUUCGGACAGACACGAAAUCCAAUUGA